CACGUUAAACAAAACUGAAGAAAAAGAAGAAAAUAUUGUUUGGAUACACCGGAUACACAUCUGCUAACAACGAAUCAAAUCCACUUUAAUAUAAUUGUACGUGGACACUAUAACGGAUUGCUUGCUACAUUUCAUUCAAAAACUGCGAAAGCAACAGCAGUGUACUCCUAACGUCUAAAACGAGGUUGAUGCAGUGCCAGAGUACAGAAGCAACAGACUCUUCUCUGAGAGAUGGAAUGGAGUCGUUGGGAGUUACGGAGGAAGACAAGGUUUCGGCAAUGAGACAGGAGGAAGAGGCUAAGGGAAAAGAGGGGAUGGACACAACAGGUGGAACAAAUGAGGACAAAGAUGAAAAUAAAGAUAAAGAGAAAGAUGGUGACAAUGAUGAAGAUGCCAUGGAUGAAGAAGAGCAUAGAGAAGAAAGCAAAGAGGAUGAUGGGAAAGAGAUGGAGAGAGAUGCAGAACAAGAAGAGGAUUGGGAGAUUCCUUGUAGUGAUGAAGAGAUAGAGGAACCUAAAAACUGGACACCACCACCUGCUGAAAUCAAGCGACUAUAUGAAAUUUUGGCUAAAGGAGAAAUGCUGGAGCUGAACUGGAUUCCUCUUCCCCGACGACCCCCUACCCCACAGCACACCCCUUCCCCAGAGAGAGAUGAUGAUUCUGAGGAGGAAAGGGAGAGGGAGAGGGAGGAGAGAGCUCGCAAAGCCCCUUCCCCCACUGAGUUUGAUUUUGAUGAGGAGCAAACUUCUGUGACACCCAAAAACGCCUACAUCAAUCGCCGCAGGACACCAGGCUCCUCUACUCGGUCCACAGUGCGAAGGGAGGCCAGGCUGGAUAAGGUGCUCUCUGACAUGAAGCGGCACCGCAAGAUCGAGGAGCACAUCCUCAGGACAGGCCGCGACCUCUUCAAAAGUGAGAAUGGGAAGGCAGCUGGCGGAAGGGAGGGGCAGGCCCUCUCCCCCAACUCCCAGAGAGAGAGAGAAAAGGAGAGGGAGAGAGACAGCGACCCCAGCACCAUCUUUUCACCCAGACAAAGGCGUUAUUGAGGCUCAGAGACAAACUGAGGGAGUCCUCAGGCCUUACUUGCCAAACCUAAGGUUUGUACUUGUAAAUAAUGUUUUAAUUAUUGAUAUGCUUUGAUGGUCAAAAUAAACUUUUUACUGAAA